UACUUCCGGCCAUCUCCUUAGACGAGGAACCGGGGAGAGUCCGGCGCUGACAGCACCCGGGGGGCUCUCCGGGCACCGGGACCGCGGCGGCGGCCCCGCCGGCGGGAUGUUCCGCGGUCUGAGCAGCUGGUUUGGCCUGGAGCCGCCGGCGGCGGACGAGGAUCGGCAGCCCGAGGGGGACGCUCCCCCUGAGCGGCGCUCCGAGGUGGUGGCGGAGUCCGCCGAGGAGGAGCCGCCGAGAGUGGGGGACCAGGAGCUCCUCGACGAGGACAGAGGCCUCGGCGACUAUCUAUUUAACUUUGCAACGGUAGCUACAAAAAAGAUCACCGAAUCAGUGGCCAAAACCGCGCAAACCAUAAAGAAGUCUGUGGAGGAAGGGAAAAUCGAUGGCAUCAUUGAUAAGACAAUUUUAGGGGCUUUCCAAAAGGAGCAGGAGAAAUUUGUUCAGGCGCAACACACAAAGAAGUCAGAAGCAGCAGUGCCUCCAUGGGUUGACAGUAACGAUGAGGAAACAAUCCAACAGCAAAUCUUGGCCUUAUCAGCUGACAAGAGGAAUUUCCUCCGGGACCCCCCAGCUGGGGUGCAGUUCAACUUUGACUUUGAUCAGAUGCACCCGGUGGCCCUGGUCAUGCUCCAAGAAGACGAACUGCUGAGCAGGAUGAGAUUCGCCCUGGUGCCCAAACUCGUGAAGGAAGAGGUGUUUUGGAGGAACUACUUCUACCGUGUCUCCCUGAUCAAGCAGUCCGCACAGCUGACAGCCCUGGCUGCCCAGCAGCAGGCUGCCGCUGCCAUGGAGGAGCGGAACCCAGGCCGGGAAAACGAGCUGCCACUGACAGAGGCAGUACGGCCCAAAACACCACCUGUUGUAAUCAAAUCUCAGCUUAAAACUCAAGAGGAGGAGGAGGAGAUUUCCACCAGCCCAGGUGUGUCAGAGUUUGUCAGUGAUGCCUUCGACGGCUGCAACUUCAACCAGGAGGAUCUGAGGAAAGAAAUGGAGCAGCUCGUGCUCGACAAGAAGGAAGAGGAGACAACUGUGCUAGAAGGUGCCGUGGCUGAUAUUCGGGUCGGCUUACACUCAAGUAUAUACGAUGAUGCUGCCGAUUGGGAAAAAGAGCUACAGCAGGAGCUCCAGGAAUAUGAAGUGGUGACAGAGUCUGAGAAACGAGAUGAAAAUUGGGAUAAAGAAAUUGAGAAAAUGCUUCAAGAGGAAAACUAGCAGUGUCCCAAAAUAAAGCAAGUAAUCUCUAACCUUUUACAAACUGACAUGCAACUCUGGGUACCCAGACUCACCAAAUCCGAAGCCCAGAAGAGUAUAUGGUGUGAUUGAAAUUCAGAAUCGCUUCAGCCAGCAUGAUUUUCUUCCAGCUGAAACUUGCCUCUUCUGCUUAAACACAGAAAAGUAUCUAGUCAUUGAAAAGCGAUGUUUCAUGUAAUGGUACUUUAAUAAAAAAUCUAGUUGGAUAUGUCCCUGUAGUUGGCAUAGAUUAUCUUUGUCACAGAAACACAAAGUCUUACAAUUCUGUUUGCAAUAAGGUAAAAGAAAUUGAUCAUUUAUUCCUCGAUCCUGAUUGAGUAAACGUGGGCUCAUUGUAUUUUCUUGGAUACGUGUAUGUUAACAUACUGAAUGAGUGAAUUGAACACAAUGGAAAUGACCAAAUGAUGCCAAAGAGCUUAAGGAGUAGUUUCGAAACUGUAUUCUUGAUAGAUCCAAGGAGCUUCCACAAACUUCGUGAAGCCCCCUCAUAUCGACUACACUGCCAUCUGAGAGCCAAACGAUAAGAAUCGUGCUGUUGAUUUUAAUGGCAUAAACAUUCCCAAUUUGACGGUGAGAAAUAGACUGUGACUUUUUGCCUUCACUUUAAAAAGAAAAGCAAUAGCACAUUUCUUAGUGUUUCCCUGAAUCCCAUCUCACAGGUUUUGUAGAAAGCCAGCCCUUUCCUCCUUUUUGUAUUAAGGACUUUCAAAAGCCGGUUCACUUUAAAGGCACUUGUUUAACUCAUCACCACAUACAAAUAAAUGUUUCCGCUGUUUCUCUUCA